AUGAAUUAUAGAUACGGAUUGUUUUUCUCAAAAAAAGAAUUAAAAAAUUGUACAAUUAAAGAGGAUAAACUAUCUCAAAUUUCUCCAAUAAAAAUUCAAGUUUUCUCAUCUCUGGCUAAAGAAACUAUAUUUUCCAUAAAAUUAACUGUCACAUAUUUAAAUAUGACGACUAGAAAACGAACAAUUUUUUCAGUUAAAGAAAAUUUACCCCCAAAUUUUGCAGAGGAGAUUAUAGAACUUGAACUGAAAAUUGACAACAGCUGUGACAUAGAGACCGUAAAUUCUAUCGUAACUUAUUAUUCUGUAAGAAAUAUUUAGAAAGCUAUCGAAUAUUAUGAGUCUAUCAAAGAUAUGAGAUACAAAGCAUACUCAAAAAGACUGCAGAACCUGCUACUUCGAAAAGAUGUAAAAAAUAUUCUUCAGUAUACAAAUGAGCCAAAAAAAAGGAAAAAUCCGCUUAUCAGGACUUUUACAGGCCAUUCUAUGACAUUAACAGAACUUCGAGGGGUCGAAAAUGCUAUGAAAGAGCAUACCAAUGAAUCUUUAAAUUCUAAAGUUCUGAUACAAGAAAAUUUAAAAAAACAAGAUGAUAUGCUUGAAACUAAGGUUAAAGAAAGGAGAGAUAAAAUUAGAAGUAGGGCUGGAAGUAUUGAUUUAUUUUAUGAAAGUGAUAUCUGUGGAGGGAUACCAAAUAUGGAUGAUUUAAGGGAGUUCGAAGAGAGCCUUGAAAAAAUCAUGGAAAAAUACAUAAUGGAAAGACUUAAAAGAGUGCAAAAUAUUAAAGAUACCUACGCAAUGCAGAUUUCUGAAACAAAUGAAAUGGGUAAUAAUGAAAUCAUAAAGCUUGUUAUCGAUGAGAUGAAGAAAAACAUGAAUAAAGAAAUCGAGAUCACUAUUAGUGAGCUCGAUGCCAAUAAAGCUAAAGAAAUAGAAAAACUCAGGGCAAAAAGCCGUAUCCCAUUAACGAGUAGGUAA